AUGAAAACAACUAAAAUUCAAGAUAUUGUUGCUAGUCGAUAUGAACAACGAACAACAUUUAUAUUAUUAACUGAUUAUGGUUGUUUAAAAAUUUUAUUAGCUCAAUCAGAUAAAACAAAUAAUUGGUUAAAUAAAUUAUAUCGAAAAAAGAUAUAUUUUCCAAUGAUUGAUUUUCAUUUAAAUGAUCAAUAUUUUUAUUAUGAUUAUAUUAAUUAUCAAUAUACAUUAUCAGAUAAUCAAACAGAUUAUCAACAACAACCAACUAUAAAACGUCAAAAACAAACAAUUACAACAACAACAUCGACAGCAGCAUCAGCAUCAACAACAACUGCUCCAAUAAAUGAAUCUAUAAAUGGUUUAAUUAAAUAUCCUGUUGAUUUUUUUGAAUUAUGUCAAUUAUUAACUGAAUAUGAAUUUGGUGGACCUUAUUUACUUCAUGUUUAUUAUGUUGCACAACUUAAAUAA